AUGCAUCGGUUACUUCUAUUUUCGGUUUUAUUUUUACUGACAUGUUGCUCAGUUAAUGCACAGAAUAAAUAUACGCCAAUUUACAGACAUUUUACUUAUGGAACAAAUAAUACAAUGAUGGCCAAUCAAUAUCUCGAAUAUAUUUUGGAAUUCUCGAAAGAUUAUGAUGACCCAGACAUUUACUUGCCCCCAAGAAUUUGGAUUGAAAGUGAUGCAGAUGUUACUGCUCCAUUGAUGAUUGUAGCAAGACAGAAAAAAGAAAUGAUUUCUUGGCAGCUGCCCCUAGAAAUAGAAGGCACAAAUGGUGAAACAAAUGAAAAUUAUACAUCUAGAACUAUGUGCCAUGAUAUUAUUAAACAAUAUAGAUUUGCAGGAAGUAAAAUGAAAGUAAAACAAGAGAAUGUCAUUGUUUCUGUUACUACUGCAUCAGUUUCCAAUGUAAGUUUCACUAUAAGAGUAGACAAUCAAAAGAAUUUUACUCUGGAGUUAAAUAAAGAAAUAGAGUUUGAUAUUACUCCAAGUGGACCAAGAUACUUUUUCUACAAUUUCACCAGCAAUGAUACGUUGCUGAGCAAAGGAGACUCCAAUUAUGAAACCGUGAUUCUAGAAGUGACCUCGGACGACGACAUUUGCAUGACUGUCAGUAUACAAAACAUUAGUUGUCCAGUGUUUGAUACAAACCAAGACGUUACUUUUCGAGGCUUUUACGAAACUGUUAAUAGAAAAGGAGGGAUGAAUAUACCGAAAUAUAAAUUCCCUCAUGGGUUUUAUGUCGUCUUUGUAGCUAAACCUGAUGAUUACGCCUGUGAUAAGGGCUCCGGAUCUUUAGACUCUGUUACAAAUUCAAAUCGACUAAAACGUAUUAAACUAAUAAUUAAGCCAAGUAUUACCUACUCUGAUUAUGUUAAAGCUGUACUCUUUACUUUGGGAUCUAUAGGUGCAUUUUAUAUCAUAUUUGGACUUCCGUAUUUUAUAUACUCGGUGAAAAAAACACUGCCGAGGGAAAUGGCGUACGUCGAUGGUAACUUCCCAACAACUCCCAGUGCAAGAAUUGUCAGGUUGAAGAUCUCGAAAAAAACAAAUGGCACAGAAAUGACUCCAGUGCAGCGCACCACUUCGGCCAUAAGUGGUCCGUCAGUGGACGUUGCCGACUUCGACACCUUAGCCGAGGUGGACACCGAUAGGGACCUGAGGUUGGGUAGAGGAGAGCCGUAUUUGGUGGAUUUGGCGAGGAAGCAUCCCAAGGAGUUGACGAGGAAAUCGUAUUUGUAUCUGUAUAAUGUUGUCACCGUGGCCAUUUUCUAUGCUUUACCAGUAAUACAGCUAGUCAUCACUUAUCAAAGGGUUUUGAACGAAACGGGACAACAAGACUUGUGUUACUACAACUUUUUGUGUGCCCAUCCGUUAGGUGUAUUGGGAGACUUCAACCACGUGUUUUCGAAUAUAGGAUACGUGCUAUUGGGAGUGCUAUUCCUAAUAAUUACCUACCUACGAGAGCUUUCGCACAAAGACGAUGAUUUCGAUCGGCAAUUUGGCAUUCCUCAACAUUACGGAUUGUUUUACGCCAUGGGUGUGGCCUUGAUCAUGGAGGGUGUUUUGAGCGCAAGUUACCACGUCUGUCCCAACUUCUUGAACUUCCAAUUUGAUUCAAGCUUUAUGUACGUCAUGGCAGUGCUUUGUAUGGUAAAACUAUACCAAAACCGACAUCCAGAUAUAAACGCCAACGCUUACACUACAUUCGGGGUACUAGCAGUCGCUGUAGUCUUGGCUAUGAUUGGACUACUCGAAGGGAAUGUUUAUUUUUGGACAUUAUUCGUGAUUCUUUACAUCCUGAUGUGCUUCUACUUAAGCGUUAAAAUAUACUACAUGGGAUGCUGGAGUGUGCGUGAUAUAUCGAUGCAGAAGUUCCGGCAAGUCUGGAUCUACGAUUUUUGGUCUGGACCAGUAAAUGUCAUAAAACCGUGCCAUAAAGCUAGAUUCGUUCUUCUCUUCUUGGGCAACUUGUGCAAUUGGGGUUUGGCUAUCUUCGCCAUCUAUAAACUUCCUAAGAACUUUCCAGUCUUCCUUUUGACUAUAUUCAUGGCCAAUACUCUUCUCUAUUUCGUCUUCUAUAUCGUCAUGAAGUACAUUAAUAAAGAAAGUGUGAGAGUUUUGACGUGGAUCUUCCUGAUUCUGUCAAUGUUGUGUGCAGUAUCUGCCAUGUGGUUCUUCUUGCACAAAGCAAUAUCUUGGAAGAGAACGGCAGCGCAAUCGAGGCAAUUCAACGUAGAAUGCAAGCUUUUCCAUUUCUACGACUCCCAUGACAUUUGGCAUUUUCUAAGUGCCACCGGGAUGUUUUUCACGUUCAUGGUAUUGCUGACGCUCGACGACGACUUGUCGCAUACGCACCACUCUCAAAUUCCAGUAUUUUAG